UAGGAUGCGAAGCCUCUUGAGCCGAAGUCUGCUCGUUCAGCUCUUUAGGCUGCUGCGCACCUGAUAAGACCACGCGAUAGCUCCAAUCUGGACAGGCGACUCCGUAAGAUAACGUGGUCCUUACUGUUAUUCUUGCCUCUAGCAACUUGAGCACCGUAACACGCCGACCAGUUCACCUCAAUCUGCAUUCGCUCGUUUGCUUCCUCGUGGUCUCUCACUCGCACUUCGAUUCUUCGUCCUAAAGGUGCAACCUGAGGUGCCAGCAUGGAAUUCGAAGACGUCAUCGAGAAGGCCGGCGGUUACGGCAAGUUCCAGAAAAUACUGGUUUGGGUCUACCUGGCACCCGCAUCGCUCUUGAUGCCUGGAUACUUUAUGAACCAAAUCUUCAUGCUGUCCGUGCCUCAGCACUCCUGCCUGUUGCCAGACUUGGGAGAAGUGUUCAACCUUACGGGGGGCGACCCCGAGCUACUACAUGACCUCCUUGUCAGCAAGGACAACUGUGAGGUGUAUCCGCUCUCCGCGUUCAACGCCAGUGCUGUGCAAACGUAUCUGGAUCACGCUGGCGAUGAAAACUGGACAAGGCUACAAGUGCCAGGUCUUGAAAGGAUACCCUGCACGCAGUUUACCUACGACAAGACAAACUACGAGAGCACUGCAUCAACACAGUGGAACCUGGUAUGCGACAAGGCUCACUUGCCCAGUCUUGUCUUCACGCUAAGCAGUGUUGGCAGUGCCGUGGGGACAGUAUUAUUCGGCACGCUGUCGGACAGGAUCGGUCGAAGGUACACGUUCUUCAUGACUGUGGUGGUGGCUGUGCUGUCCGGGCUCUCUUCCAUUCUGGUCACCAACUUCACAGCGUUCGCCACACUGCGAGCUCUCAACGCAAGCGUCAUGCCGCAGAUUUUUCAGCUGCCCUAUAUCAUACUCCUGGAGCUCGUGGGGCCGAAGCACCGUACAAUGAUGCUGGGUGUCUGCUGCAUCGCGUGGACUGUGGGCCUCUGCAUCCUUCCCCUGCUAGCCUACGUGUGCCGGUCCUGGAUUCUGCUGGGACUGAUUUGCUCGGCCUGCGCCAUCCCCAACAUGUUUUACCUCAAGUUGAUCCCCGAAUCACCGCGAUGGCUGCUCUCCCAGGGUCGUGUGAAGGAAACACUCAAAAUUCUUGAGCGUAUCGCCAAGAGAAAUGGUGUUAAACUGCCUGAAGACCUCGAAUCUGACCUCCUGAAAGUACAGCACAAGCUUGCCGAAGAAAAGGUCGUCGCAGAAGCAUCAUCAGCAGACCUGCUCAGGAAGACUAGAAUUCGAAGGCAUCUUCUUAUCGUCACCAUGAGCUGGGUGGCCAAUGGCUGUGCCUACUACGGCCUGCACAUCAACGUGAGCAACAUGAGCGGCAACGAGUUCCUCAACUUCUUCCUGCUGGGACUCGUCGAAUUUCCGGCUUCGUUCGCGGCCUGGUGGACCAUGGAGCACUAUGGCCGACGGUGGACGAACGUCGGUUACCAGCUGCUCGUCAGCAUGGCCUGCGUCGCAUCUUGUUUCAUUCCAUCGGGAGCCAUCGUGGCUGGUGUCACAGCAUCGCUCAUCGCGAAGUUUGCUUGCACAGCUUCCUUCAUGAUCAUGUAUCAGCAAGCUGCCGAACUCAUGCCCACGCCGCUACGAUCGUUUGCACUCGGGGCAUCGUCGGCCUUUUCUUCGGCUUUUAGCAUCUGCAUGCCCUACAUUAUCUAUCUCGGCAAGUACGGCAUGUGGAUCCCGUUCCUGUUCCUUGGUGUGCUGGCGGCCACUGCUGGGAUCUCUUCGGCGUGGCUUCCAGAGACAUGCGGCUAUGCGCUCUGCCAGACCAUCGAAGAUGCGGAAGAUUUCGGAAAGAAUCGCAAGUUUUUCUCUUUACAUCUGGUGAAGGACCGCAAGGGCUACGACACAAAGGAGGAAAAAUCGAAAGAGUUGAAACCUUUAGGAGACGACCCCGACGCGAAAUCAUGAGAAUCCAGGCGAUUGAGUCAUCUAUUCUCAGUCAUCAAUGUUUUAGUAUUACUCUAUUUCAAAUCACUGUAAAUGUCAGGAACAAUCGCUUUAACACAUUAAGAAUUUUUUUUUUUUUUGCUUUUUUAAAGUGAUUAAUUUUGUUUAGUCUAUACAGAAUGACUAUCGCUACAUAUUUCUUUAGAGGUGAACGUAUUUUUACAUCAUUAUCAUUGUUCAAUACUCAUACUUGGCUUAACUCAUAAGCAACAUUACUUUUAAAAGAGACUACGUGCAUUCACAUUGACGCGGACACCUUGUCAUUCCACAAUUUCCAAAGCGCCACAACCAAAGAAGAUCAGGGAGUCAUAUUUCUUCUGUGGCUAGUUGAAUGACUAGGAUAGCCAUUGUGGUCGUGACCGACUAACCACUAGAGCAGACCUAGAGACUGCGUGCCACACUUGUACCAAGAGCGGCCGUAAUAAGGUUAAACCAAUAGGGUGAUAACAACAACCCACGGAAGUAUUCAAAGUCACAUCCGCCGAAUCAAGUGAUUGUUAAACAAUACGGACGUAAAUUACGGCAAAUAAAGUUGCAGUCUCAUGGUUACCGGCGCAGCAGCAAUAAAUUGUUUGAUCCAAAACAA